UGCACUCAACACCACUUCAUUUUGUUUUAUCAUUCCAGGAACUCUUUUGGAAAGUGAUUUAAACUCUAAACUCUGCAUAUAUAUAUACAAAGUGUAACAUCAACUAUGGGAUCUGGUGAUUGGUUGAAGAAUAUAGUGAGCGUAAAUAGAGCAAGGAAACAAAAGUCAAACAAAAUGAAGGAUUAUUCACACAAGGAAACGAUUGGAUUUAUUUUACAAACCUGUUACCCAGAGGACCGGGCGAGUAAGAUUAAUAAAAAGGCUAUUGUUAGCUGGCUUAGUAAAGAUAGAGCAGCUAUACGGAUUCAAACUGCGUUCAGGGCAUUUAAGGCACGAAAACUUUUAUGUGUUAUGAAACGAACAGAAAGGUUGCAGAUACUUAUGCAAGGCGAUUUUGGCAAAAAGCAAACCUCAAAUACAUUAAGAAAUCUUCAAUCAUGGAACAAGAUACAAGCCCAUAUUAGAACUCGGAGGGUAGCUAUGGUGGAAGAGAGUGGGAUCAAGCAGAAGAAGCUUGACAAUCAAUUGAAACUUGACGCUAAGGCCCGUGGGCUAGAGUUGGAGUGGAGUGGUAGCUCUCAUACAAUGGAUGAGGCUCUUGCACGGCAAAAACAAAGAGAAGAAGCAACCAUUAAGCGUGAGCGAGCAAUGGCAUACGCCUUCAAUCAUCAGUGGCGUGCGCAUUCCAGUUCAAAUUUAGGUCUAAAUGAUUCCAAUCUAGCUACAUCUAACUGGGGUUGGAGUUGGACGGAAAGAUGGAUUGCUGUUCGACCUUGGGAAAGGCGAGCUCCAUCAGUUUCAACUCCAAAGAAAGUCAACAGUUCACCAAAGAAGAAAUCACCAUCAACAAAAAAGUCAAACUCGCUUAAGACUUCACCUAAUGGUAAGAAAACAUUGAACAACCGAAGGUUGUCAUAUGGGUCAAGUGCGAAAGUCGGUGAUUCAAAAACAAAGCUCUAAAAGUUUAUGACAAAGUAACUUGAAGCUGUUAAGAUAUGGUGCAAAAGGUUAUGAAUGAUGGUUCAAGUUUUACAUUCUUUUGGGUUGUGGGGUGUGAUUUUACAUGAGUGGUCUUGCCAUGAAAAUCUUGUAAUGUGUUAUUCAUUUAUUGUAAUAUAUUUAUGUUGCUAUUUUGCUACUAAUAAUAAAUUUAAGAAUGAUGUUGGGCUAAACCCAUGUA